AUGGACCUCAAAUUGAGACAGAUCAAAUUAGACCAGACUGUGCAGGUGCUGUCACAGAACGAGCAUCGACCUGGCUACUGUGCUUUCUAUGAAGAGUGUGGCCGAAACCCCUUACUUGGAGAUACUCUCAUCCCACCCAUUGUCCCCUGUCGAAAUUUUAGCCAAGCGCGGGCGUUGACGGGAGAACACUACAAAAAACUCCAAGAGGUGUGUCCCAUGUUGGAUAAAGGCCCUGGUAGCACAUUUGCUUGUUGCUCACUGAAACAGCUGAAAUCCUUGGACAUGAGUUUGACUUUGUCUAAGGCACUGUUGGUGCGUUGCCCUUCUUGUGCUGAAAACUUUGCCCACCUUCACUGCAUCAACACCUGCAGCCCAAACCAGAGCCAGUCAGUCAAAGUAACAAAGGUCAUGAAUGUUACCAGCCUUGGAAAGACCAGGGAGGCCGUGGUGGAGUACCAGGCUUACCUCUCCACAAGCUUCUCAGAUGCCUCGUUCUACUCGUGUCAAAAUGUCCGUAUACCUGCAACAGGAGGCUUCGCCAUUGGUACGAUGUGUGGCCGCUAUGGUGCCAAGUUGUGCACUCCUCAACGUUGGUAUGACUUCCAGGGAGAUUCCAGCAACGGUCUGGCUCCACUAGACAUUGAUUUCAGACUCAUAAAACCAGGAGAAACAGAGGGAAUACCUGAGGGUGUGAUUCCCUACAGUGGGCGAGCCCUAAAUUGCAAUGAGACCACACCAUCUGGAGGUCAGGUGUGCUCGUGUCAGGACUGCAAAAGUUCAUGCCCUGUCCUUCCACCUCCCCAAAUGCCACCAGGACCCUUCAGACUUUUGGGAACGGAUGGCUUCUUUGUCAUUACAAUCAUCGUAUUUGCUCUAUUGAUAUAUUUCUUCAUCUUUUUCCUCAUGUUCUCUUGUUGGAUCAAGUCAAAGAAGAAUCAGGACGAAAAUAAAGUGGAAAAGAAAGGCAGAGAUCAGAAGUGUGAUUCUGUCAAUCAGCAGGUCAUUCAUCCAUCAGAGGUGACGUGUGCUGACAAGAACAGUAUGGCUGCUCAGGCCUUUCUAAGUUCAGUGUUUCAGUCGUGGGGAACAAUCAUGGCUUCAUAUCCCUUCACGGUGCUCCUGGUGUCAGCUGUCGUCGUUGCAGCGUUUGCCGCUGGCCUCAUGUCCAUUGAGCUCACCACUGACCCAGUGGAGCUCUGGUCUGCUCCCAGCAGCCGAGCCCGUCAGGAGAAAGAGUUCCACGAUAAACACUUUGGCCCUUUCUUCCGGACUAACCAGUUGAUCUUAACAGCACCUGGCAGAAAAGGCUACAUUUACGACUCUUUGCUCUUUGGACAGCAAAACUUUAGUGGCCUUGUCUCCAAAGAGCUCAUCAUUGAAAUGCUGCUUCUCCAGAAAAAAAUACAGAAUAUUGAGUUCUGGUCAGAGGAUCUCAAUCGGACAGCAAGUCUAAAGGAUGUGUGUUUUGCACCGCUGAACCCAAACAACUCUUCUCUAACUGACUGUGCAGUCAACAGCCUACCACAAUACUUCCAGAACAGUCUGGACAACAUCAAUGCAAAAGUGAACAUGACUGAGCUGGGGGUGACUAAAGAGGUGGAUUGGAGAGAUCAUCUCAUUUAUUGCCUUAGCUCGCCUCUGUCAUUCAAAGACAUCACUGCUUUGGGACUGAGCUGCAUGGCUGACUACGGAGCUCCAGUUUUUCCCUUCCUGGCUGUCGGUGGCUAUCUUGGUGAUGAGUACACCAAUGCGGAGGCCUUCAUUCUAACCUUCUCCCUCAACAAUUACCCACGGACCCAUGUCAAGUACAACGUGGCAAUGCAGUGGGAAAAAGAGUUCCUGAAAAUCGUCCAAGACUACCAGAGAGACCCCACUGCCAACUUUACUUUUGCAUACAUGGCAGAGAGGUCUCUGGAGGAUGAAAUCAAUCGGACAACAGCAGAGGAUAUUCCCAUCUUCAUGAUCAGCUACGCUGUAAUCUUUGUUUACAUUGCUGUUGCUCUUGGGGAGUAUUCUUCUUGGAGACGCAUACUAGUAGACUCAAAAUUUCUGGUUGGUUUUGGUGGGAUCUUAGUGGUUGGAUGUUCGGUGCUGGCCUCAAUGGGCUUCUACUCUUGGAUUGGCAUUCCCUCCUCCCUGGUCAUCCUUCAGGUCGUACCAUUCCUGGUGCUUGCUGUUGGCGCCGAUAACAUCUUCAUCUUCGUUCUGGAGUAUCAGAGAGAUGUGCGGAAGCCUAAUGAGACGAGAGAGCAACAGAUUGGCCGUGUGCUUGGAAACGUUGCUCCCAGCAUGCUCCUGUGCAGUCUCUCUGAGUCGGUCUGCUUCUUUCUAGGUGCCCUGUCCACCAUGCCUGCAGUAAAGUCCUUUGCUUUGUAUGCCGCUCUGGCCGUGCUCAUGGACUUUGUCCUCCAGAUGACUUCGUUCGUGGCACUGCUGUCCCUGGAUGCCAGGCGGCAAGACAACAACCGCUGUGAGCUGCUCUGCUGUGUGACAGUUUCGGCAAAAAAAUCUGACAAGCCCAACGAGGGCUUCUUGUUGCCUCUAAUGAGGAACUAUUACGCCCCUGUGCUACUGAACCAAUACAUAAGAUUCAUUGUGAUGGUGGUGUUCAUCUUCAUGUUCAGUGGUUCUCUAUACUUAAUGUUCCAUGUAACAGUGGGUCUGGAUCAGGAACUUGCUAUGCCCAAGGGCUCAUAUAUGCUGGAUUAUUUCCAGUACUUAUACAAGUAUUUGGAAGUUGGAGUCCCCGUUUAUUUUGUCACAAAAAAAGGCUUCAAUUUCACUACAGAGGAAGGCAUGAACGCAGUUUGUUCCAGUGUGGGCUGCGACCAGUUUUCUAUGACUCAGAAGAUACAAUAUGCAGCCAAUUACCCGGAACUAUCAUACAUUGGCAUCUCUUCAAACUCCUGGGUAGAUGAUUUCAUUGACUGGCUGAAUCCUGGAUCCAGAUGCUGUCGACUUUAUAGCUUUGGUCCGAAUGCAGGAAAAUUCUGUUCCGCAGACAAAUCUCCUUUUCUCUGUGGACGCAAAUGUAUGGCUAAACCCUCAGAUGGUGUCCUCCGGCCCACAGUGGAAGAAUUUAACCGUUUUCUCCCUCACUUUUUGGGUAACAGGCCAGACUUGCAGUGUCCCAAAGGUGGAUUGGGAGCCUAUGACACGGCUGUGGUGAAAGAUGAGAGCGGAGAAAUUAUUGCCUCUCGCUUCAUGGCUUACCACACACCUUUGACCAAUUCGCAAGAAUUCACUGCAGCUCUACUGAAGGCCAGAGAACUGGCCUUCGAAAUCACUAAGCGCAUGAAGAAUGUAUCUGGAACAUCUCCGGACUUUGAAGUUUUCCCUUACACGGUGACCAACGUUUUCUACGAGCAGUAUCUGACUAUCGUACCAGAGGGCCUCUUCAAUAUCUCACUCUGUCUUCUACCAACAUUUGUCGUGUGCUGUCUCCUGCUGGGCUUGGACCUGCGCUCAGGCUUGCUCAAUCUUAUUACCAUCAUCAUGAUCACAGUGGACACAGUUGGGGUCAUGACACUCUGGGAUAUCCAUUACAACGCGGUGGCUCUUAUUAACCUGGUUACAGCGGUGGGCAUUUCUGUGGAAUUUGUAUCUCAUAUGACAAGAUCGUUUGCCCUCAGCACAAAGUCCACCCGUGUAGAGCGGGCAAAGGAGGCCACCGCCAACAUGGGCAGUGCGGUGUUUGCUGGUGUUGCUAUGACCAACCUACCUGGAAUCCUUGUGUUGGCCUUUGCCAAAGCUCAGCUCAUCCAGAUCUUCUUCUUUCGCCUCAACUUGGUUAUUACACUUUUGGGGAUGGCUCACGGUCUCAUCUUCCUCCCUGUGGUGCUCAGCUACUUGGGACCUGGUGUAAAUAAAGCCGUGCUGCUGCAGAUCCAGCAGGAGCAAACAAAGACACGCCAGGAACUGGAGCUAACAAACAGCAUGAGACAAUUCUAUGACAACAUGAACUUUGAAGACAGUGAGACAAAUAAGGAGCCACACUCCAACGUCACACAGGCUCCCAUGUACACUAAAGACCCAUCGCCUAGCACGGAGCACGAACAGGAAGAGAACAUUGACUGGUUUUGA